ACUCACUAAAUUCUAUAAACCGUCUGUUAAAAAAGGAUAAAGAUUCAUUUUAAACACAAAAAUAAAUGUGCAUGGAGGCGCAGAAAGUAAAAGAUGGUUUUCCAGCACAUUAGAUACAAAGCUGCUUAAUUUCAUGGCAAGCACGUGAGAGCAGUGGGCUGGGAGAGAAGGGGUGAGGGAGGAUACGCGCUACUUAACUUGCCAACUAAUUUUAAGUCCCACAAUCUAAAGUGUGCGUCUCCUACUGGAAACGAUGCCGAUCGGUACCUUUCUUUGCCUGCUGGCUCUGGUGCGCCUCUCCCAGCAGCAGUUCCCAAGGGCGUGUGCCACUGCUGAGGCUCUUCUCAGUAAGGAGUGCUGUCCCAUAUGGGAAGGCGACGGCUCCCAGUGUGGACAGGUUUCUGGCAGAGGGUCUUGCCAGGAUGUCACCAUCUCGGAUGCCCCUGACGGGCCGCAGUUCCCCCAUUCUGGCGUGGACGAUAGAGAGCAAUGGCCUAUGGUUUUCUACAAUCGUACCUGUCAAUGCGCCGGUAAUUUCAUGGGCUUCAAUUGUGCCGAUUGUAAAUUUGGUUUUUUUGGCCCAAACUGUGAGGAAUGGAAAGUGUCCAUCAGAAGGAACAUUUUACACCUGACUUCGGCCGAAAAGAAUAAAUUCAUCGCCUACCUCAACUUGGCUAAGAAUACCAUCAGUAAAGACUUUGUCAUUGCCACCGGUACUUACAGCCAAAUGAACAACGGCUCCAACCCAUUGUUCCGAGACAUCAAUGUCUACGACCUCUUUGUAUGGAUGCACUACUACACUUCACGAGAUGCCUUACUUGGGGGCACCGAUAAUGUAUGGCGGGAUAUCGACUUUGCCCAUGAGGCCCCAGCUUUCCUACCUUGGCACCGAGCCUUUCUGCUGCUCUGGGAACACGAAAUAAGGAAACUGAGUGGCGAUGAUAGCUUCACUAUUCCUUACUGGGACUGGAGAGACGCGGAAAGCUGCGACGUGUGCACAGACGAAUACAUGGGGGGUCGCAAUCCUACUAACCCCAACAUCCUCAGCCCGGCUUCCUUCUUCUCUUCGUGGCAAGUAAUUUGCUCAAGAUCAGAUGAGUACAACAGUCUGGAGACUUUAUGCAAUGGCACAACUGAAGGGCCUCUUCUGCGGAACCCUGGUAAUCAUGACAAGGGUCGUACUCCCCGUUUGCCAACAUCUGCUGAGGUGGAAUUCUGCUUGAGUCUAACUCAGUAUGAAACUGAACCACUGGACAGAACCGCAAACUUCAGCUUUCGGAACACUCUAGAAGGCUUUGCAAAUCCAGUUGAUGGUGUAGCUACACAGGCGCAGAGUACUUUGCACAAUGCUCUCCAUAUUUACAUGAAUGGAUCCAUGUCUCAAGUUCAAGGCUCCGCAAAUGAUCCAAUCUUUUUGAUUCACCAUGUGUUUGUGGACAGUAUUUUUGAGCAGUGGCUAAGAAGACACCAGCCAGUCAGAGAUCUCUACCCAGCAGUCAACGCUCCAAUUGGUCACAACCACGACUACCACAUGGUGCCUUUCAUACCACUGUUCCAAAAUGGGGACUACUUUGUUUCAUCAUUGGAUUUUGGAUAUAAUUACGCUUAUUUGUUAGAACCAGGUCAGAGAAUCCAGGAAUUUUUAAACCCAUACUUAGACCAGGCACGGCAUAUCUGGCAGUGGUUACUUGGAGCUGCAAUCUUGGGUGCACUGUUAGCUUCCCUCUUGGCUGCAGUAAUAACCCUUGCAUGUCGCAGAACAAAGAAGAAGAAGAUGGAGUUGUAUGAUGAGAGGCAACCUCUUCUACAAGAAGGAGAAGAUGGGCAAAACCUCAGUUAUCAGACCGCUUUGUGAUGAUAAAGAGAGCCUGCCUCGGGAAUAGCAAGGUCAAAAGCUUCCAUGGUGUCUAUUACUGAAUUUGACCAAGUUUCCAACCAGUUUUUAUAAAAAACACAUUUUGAAACAAUGCAAUAUUUUUUUUUCUCCUAAUUCCACUACUUUUUCACUAUGCCCCAGAAAUAUAAAAAGUGUCUGACUUCAAUGUCAUGAAAGUGGGGUUGAUAGUAAAGCAUUUCGUAAAGUAGACUAUUUGUGAAAAACACAUUUAGCAAUACCUAAAAGUUGGAAAUUUUACAAGAAGACUCUCCAAGUUGGAGAUUAGUCAAAUUCUACAUUCACAAAGGAACCUCAAUCUUUCCAGACAUUUUCCCUCUUUACUGUGACCUUAAAUGAAAAUAAAAAAUAUGUAGCUGAGGUUUUAUUAAAAAAAAAAAUUGUCAUCCUGAGUAAUGAUGCAGUUUGGAUUCACCUUUCCUUCUCUUACUGGACAAUGGUACUGAAUAUGGGCCGAACAGUGAACAACUAAUCAGAUAAUGAAAUGCUGUUAAUGAUGAUCAUGUGACAACUGUAUAACAAUGUUGAAAGCACUUAUUAAACAGCACCUUUAAACUCUGAA